GACCGAGUGGCGGGUCAGCGACAGCUAACCUCAAACCUGUAUAUCUUUAACCGUGCUUGAAAAAUGCAUUUUCGUUAACGGUAAUGUACUAAUGCAAUCGUUAUUGUAAUAAUAAAAAUUACGAUUUUUUAUAAUACAUAAAGAAUAUAUUGAUUUUUUUUGUAAUCGGGUAGAUAAACAAUCCAAUACAAAAAAAAAACACCAUGGAACAAAUAAAUGACUCAGUUGAAAUAUUGAAUGUUGUAAAAUCAAUUGUUUAUCAUUUGAAUAUCACCAACUUGGCUAACAUGACACAAAAAAUUAUUGCUUUGCCAAUAAAUAAUAUAAAACUACUUGAAGAAGUAACCGAUAUAAUAUACGAUCGAGCUUUACAAAGACAAAAUUACACACACGUAUAUGCCGAUAUGUGUGUAAAUUUGAUUAAUGACUCAAAAUUUAAUAAACUUAUUACAAAUACUGAAAUUUCAUUUCAAAAAGUUCUGUUAAAAAAAUGCUCCGACGUUAUUCGUACUUCAACAAAACAUAACCCACGAGAAUUAGACGAAUUAAAACAGAUAAUGCAAAACAAAAAAAAGGAGCCACAAAUGUUUAUAGGCGCUUUAAAUCGUUAUCAAUUUGAAUUUAGCAAAAGAGUUAUAUCAAAUUGCAGAUUUAUCAGUGAACUGUAUAGAAAGGGUGCUUUUCCAGAAAAAAUUAUAUUGUCAUACAUUACAGACUUAAGUUAUGAAAAUGAAGAAUUACAAUUGUAUUGUUUAUGUAUAAUACUUCAAUUAACAGGUCCAAUAUUAUCAAAAGAAUAUGAUUUAAACGAAAAAAUUGAUACACUUUUAUUUGCUAUAAAUAAAUUCAAAAUAUCAUCAACAUUAAAAUGUUUUAUACUCAAAGUACAAAAAAUGCAUUCUGAGGGAUGGAUAAAGGAGGAAUCCAACAAAUAUAUUGGAAACAUUUAUACGAAAUUUAGUGAAUUACCAAAAGAAAUGAAAAAUAUGUAUACAUUAAAAUCAUAUAAUAUAAUGGCAUUGUUGAUUUAUGAUGAGUGUUAUGAUGUUCUAUUCGACUUUGUCGACAACAAGAAAAUUGAUCAAGUUAUACGUUUAUUAAAAAUGAACAAAUUUUUGAUUCGUUAUGAUCCUAUAACUUUUGUUGUAUCAAUGAUUCUUGUGGCACUAGAAGAAAAUCAAAACAUAAGAAAUUAUGCUGGAAAACUUUUAGAUAAUAUUGUUAAAAAGAAAUUAUUGUCAAAUCAUUCAAUUCGAUCAGGAGUCAACAAAGUAUUGAAUGACUUAGGCAUUAAGGAAGAAUAUCCAAAUUUGUCAAAUUUAAUGUUAGAUAUAACUAGUCAAUUUAAAGUUUAAUGUUUGUAGAAAUUGGAUUUGUUAUAACUACUUUUUUUGUAGUAUUUUGUAUUAAAUCAUAUUUUUUUGUUGAAUUAUUUUUUUAUGUAAUAUGUUUUAAGAUACAUAGAUUUACCUAUUUUGAUGUUAUAUAAAUAUUUAUAAAUUUUUUAUUUAUCUGACUGUCAAACAAGUAAAUACAAUAUAAUAUAAUUUACUUUGUUUAUUAUUUAAUUUUAAA